AAUAUUUUUAAAAUCUAUUCAAAACAUGGACAAGAGCUUCUGGGCUGCUGUGAUGCUCCUGUUAUCAGCUGUGUGCUCAGGUGAGAACAUUUUAAACCCAGGWCCGCUGAGUGGAGCCGUAGGAGGCAGAGUGAAGUUCACCACCAGCCUCAGCCCCCCACAGAGCCCAUUUCUGUCUGUCAGCUGGAGCUUUAAAGGCGUGAACAUCAUCACUUCCACCAGCACCAACAUCACAGAGCCGGGACACACCAACCGGAUCUCAUUAGAUCGAGCCACAGGAGCGCUGGAGCUCAGGAACCUGGUGCUGGAGGACAGCGGGGAGUACACGCUCACCAUCAUACCRGAYGGGGGGCUGCAGAGAACGGGGAGGAUCACRCUCAGUGUGUAUGAGCUGAUAACCGGAGCCAGCAUCCGCAGCCCUGCAGCCGUCCUGAUAGAAAACCAAAGCUCCACCAGCCUCGCCUGCGAGGCCUCCGGCUCCGUCAUCACCAGAGAGUGGAUGAAAGAUGGCCGUCCUCUUGAUUUCGGGCAGAGCGUCAGCUUGUCGAUGGACAACAGAACCAUGUUCAUACGCCCCGUCCUCAGCUCCAACCACGGCAGCUACCAGUGUAGAGUCAGCAACCCAGUCAGCAGCCAGACUGCGGCUCUCCAUCUCACUGUCAACUACGGACCGUAUAACAUAUCAGUUAUUGGGCCGUCAGCAGCUUUGCCUGGUCACAGAGUGACACUGCUGUGCUCAGCAGUUUCUGUUCCUCCAGCAAACUUCAGCUGGACAUUUAAUGGGAAUGAAACGCAGGUCAACACCUCCAUGUUUGUCAUAGAGAAGCUAGAGGCUAAAAACAUUGGGAAUUACACCUGCACUGCCAGAAACACGGURACCAGGAAGGAAAACUCUGCCGUUCUGGAUCUGAGAGCAUCCUGCACUGCCCCCUGUUGGUCAUUCUCAGCUUUGGUCAUCAGUGUAAUUAAUCUGAAGGGGUUAAUAUAAGACGGCAGAUAAAUGCAGCUAAUGAAGAAAAUGAAAAGUACAACUUUCAAGAAGCGUUGGACUCUGCCGAAAGCUUAGAAAGACCUGAUGUGAAAU